GACCUAAAUUCGGACCGAACAGUAGUAAUCGAAAACUUGGAAGCUAUUAGAUUCUCUGACAAUAAAUUGCACGCGGCAUGGCAGUGUAAUACAGCUUGGUAGGUCAGUCCGGGUUGACAGUGUUGUAGUAGUCCUUGUGCAACACACCUGCUUGGCACUUUAUCGCCAAUGCAACGCACCACCGUCGCGGAAUGCACCUAGGUACCUAGGUAGUGGGGCUUGAUACCACCUGGUUAGGUAGGUACUCAUGCUCACGGUUACACUUGUCGGCGAACGAUGUCGAUAAAGGUCAAAGUGUUUGUCUCAACGUACGGGGCAACGGCACCGUAUAGAUGAGGCAUACUCGACAAGAGAAUGCAUGAGAAGCAAAAAUAGUCACACUGCCUACCUAGCCUGGGCAUAUCGUUGGUAAGUAUCAUAUUGUGAAUGAAUAGCGGCGGCUAGGGCAGCAUCAAUCCUGUGCAUAGCCGGCAUUUAAGAUGGGACAGGGUAGGAGUCACUCCUAAUAGACUUCAAUUCCCAGAUCAAGCUUGAUACGCAUGACGAUGUCGAUACCUCUGCGUCAGGUAGCUAUUGUUGCACAAGAUGUCGGGCGUCCUGCGAUAAAACUUGAUGCCCCAGUGCCGUCCUUAUCACCCGACAUGAUAUUGGUGAAGACGGCCGCUGUGGCAGUUAACCCAGUCGAUACUAAGUUGCUCGACUACAGCGCAACUUCUGGAGCUGUUAUCGGACAUGAUUUUGCGGGUACGAUUGUAGCGUUGGGUGCCGACGCGGAGGCAGCUGGGCGCCUAGCGCUCGGCGACCGUGUCGCGGGUCUCGUUCAUGGUAUGAACAAACUACAACCCGAAAUUGGGGCAUUCGCGGAGUACGUCGGCGCGCAUGCCGACUUAGUCUUGAAGAUUCCGGACCACAUGAGCUUCGAGGAUGCGGCAAGCUUAGGCGUUGGUGUCGCGACGGCGGCUCUAGCUAUCUUUGGCGAGCUAGGAAUUCCUAUGCCGAUUGUUCCUGUAGAAAAGCCAGAGCUUACUGAACAUGAGGAGGACCCGAGGCAAUACGUCCUAGUAGCAGGAGGGAGCACCGCGAGCGGCACACGGGCUAUUCAAUUGUUAAAGCACGCCGGAUUCAGUCCCAUAGCAACAUGCUCGCCAGCGAACUUCGAAUUGGCCCUUCGUUUUGGCGCCGACAAGAUUUUUGAUUAUCAUAGCCCUACAUGCGCCGCCGACAUUCGCGCGUACACCCGAAAUGAGCUAGCAAGCGCUCUCGAUUGUGUUACUCAAGCCGAUACUACACAGCUAUGUUACGCUGCUAUAGGUCGAGCUGGUGGACGAUAUGUCUCCCUCGAUCCCUUUCAAAAGGCUGUAGUCCGCACUAGGCCACUAACUAUCGACCCUUCAUGGGUCUUAGCUUUAACGAUAUUCGGUCGUGAGGUAGCCCUGGAGGGUGAUUAUGGCCGAGAGGCUCGUCCUCAAGAUCGCCAGCUAGGAAAGCAGGUAUUUGCUAUUGUUCAAGAUCUUCUAGACCGAGGCCUUAUCGACACGCACCCCAUUAAGCUUAUGCCUGGAGGAUGGGAAGGGGUUAUAGAGGGAGUUGAGAUGCUGCAGACACAGAACCCUUCUGGAUAUAAAUUGGUCUAUUCAAUACCAUGAUCGUAUGUUUAACCACCAUAGAUCCCAUCGCCAAAUGUGAUUUCGUAGCUUAGUCAUCUUAAAAUCGUGUUAACGUGGAUGAUGUGAGAUCUCUAAUCGAAAGGACCCUGGGGAAAACAUAGCGCGUUUGUGAUGAAUCUGAGCUAUUCAGAUACC